AUGGACUUACUCAACCAUGUCUCAAACCUGCUCCCGUCGAAAACCCUACGCAAGCUAGGCCCCACCCGUUCAAAUAUAAGCAUGCAAUGGCAGCUACAGACACCGAUGCCCUUAUUUCUUGAAAGCAGCGAGCUUUCCACUGGUACUCCACUCAUAGGGGAGGCCAUACUCGACACGAGAAAAGAUUUAGACGUCAAGAGCUUCCAUGUGACAUUGCGUCUCCAUCGCCACUACAAGAAACCCCUUCGUCCCAACUGCCCUGACUGUGCUCACGAUUAUGUUCAGCUUCAAAGGUGGAUUUUUAUUGAUAGCAAACCUAUGCCAGCCAAUGGAAAAUACCCCUUCAUGUUCACUACGCGGCUUGACAACGACACGCCUCCCUCGGUGACUACACCUCUGUUGGACCUCACGUACGAAUUAUCCGCAGAGCUCAUACUGGCCACUGGAGAGCCCAUUAUCUGGAAACACAACCUCGAAGUGAAACGUUCACUGUACAGACCCGAAAUUCUUCGUGAUGAUUCUUUGAGAAUUUCAGGAACCCCGUUGAACGCGCGUUUGUCGUCGGAGCAAAUUAUCAGACUGGACAAGAAAACUCAUGUAGACUUUUCGCUCUCUCAAAUCAGGCACGAAAAAGGACGUGAGAUCUACGCAUGGGAAGCGCUCGGGGUGGAAUGGAGGCUUGAAGAGCGCAUAGAGGGGCCACUGGGUAUUUGUGCCCGGCACGCGGACGAAGAAGAGAGCGAGCCUGGCAGUCGCAGGCAAAGCGUCUGUCACACCAUAGCAAAGGGACGGCCUCCCAACGAAUGGAAGACCUUCCAGAGUGACCAGGAGACGACUUCGACACUAAGUUUCGAGUAUGGGCCGGUUGCGAAGAUGAUUACAAAACGCAAUAAGUCAUGCGCAUGCGAAGAGGCCUCGAACAGCGCCCUGAGGAUUUCGCACGACUUUGUCCUGGAAGUUUCAUUGUCAGCAGUAACGAUGACAUCUGAUGAGCCUGCAGUAUCAGUAGCAUCUAACAGUUCUCGGAUGAUCAGAAUUCAUCGACGAGUCAUCCUCACAGAGCGCCAGGAUAACUCUUUCGAGAACCUUAGCGAAACGUUACCGGUAUAUACAAGCAUCGAGUCUGACUUACCUGCCUACUUUGUAUGA